AUGAUGAACUCUAAUUUAUUAUCGCGGAUGCUCCCUCCUGCCGGCUCGCCCUCCAUCUAUGAAGCUAUGAGGAACGACGACGAAGCCUCUGGAAGCUCCGAUAUCGAAGAGCGUGCCGCCAUGGCUUUGGAUGAGGAGAAUCUUCAAGGAUCUCUACACAAAUAUGACCCAGAUGACGCGGGGAACAGCCAGAUAACCACACAGAGCACAGCAUUUUUGGGACAAGGACGACCUCGAAAGCUAUCGGAUACCUACUCUACAAAGGCGGGUGGAAAUGGAGUUAGAACUGGACGACCUCGGUGGCUACAACAUUUAUCACCCCGCGUGGCCGAAGCUGACGAGGGCGACGAUGACGACGUCCCUGCAUCUUUGUUGAUAGAAGGACACGAUGUCGAAGAUAUGCCGAAGCCGCCUGCUCCCCCUUCUCAUGGAAUGCAUUACCACGACGAUGCAUCACCGGGCGCCGGCCCGUCGUCGACCAGAUCUAGAAAGCGCUGGGAAUCGCCACGGAAUCGAAGGAGACUCGAUCAAUUUCUUCCUACUCCGAUCGUUCAACAAACACAAAAACCAGGAGGCUUGUCUGGAUUAGCAUCGGCAGGUCCCAAGGACAAGGCAAUGUGGAGGUGGGCGAACGUCGAGAAUCUCGAUAACUUCUUGAAGGAUGUAUAUGUCUACUACCUGGGGAACGGUAUCUGGAGUAUAAUGAUGAGCCGAGCUCUCAAUUUAUUGACGCUGGGCUUCGUGGUAGGCUUUACGACUUUUUUAUCGAGCUGUGUGAACUACAGCUUGAUCCGCGGUAGCAACUCGCUGCAGAACGUUCUUGUGCCGAAAUAUAUUUCCGAUCCAGAGAUACAGACAAUAUCGUGGCAGCAAGUUGUGAGUCGAUUGAUGAACCUGCGGGACUCCAAUCCAUCCACAGCUGCCGCCAUCUCUGCGAGACAUCGCAGGUUCAUGGGCAGCCAGUCUAAGCAGCGAAUGGACGCCCACGAUAUCGCCAACAGACUGAUGCGUAAGGAGAACUAUCUUAUCGCUCUAUUCAACAAAGAUAUACUCGACCUCACAUUGCCCAUCCCUUUUCUCCGAAACCGACAGUUGUUUUCACGCACACUAGAAUGGAAUUUGAAUUUGUGCAUCCUAGAUUAUGUGUUUAAUGAACAGGGUCAGGUCAGACCUCUCUUUUUGAGGGAUACUCAUCGACGAGCUUUGAGCGAAGGGCUCCGAAGGCGUUUCAUUUUUGCCGGGGUCAUGAACAUUUUCGUCGCCCCUUUUAUUGUUGUUUACUUUAUGAUGCAUUACUUUUUUCGGUAUUUCAACGAAUACCAAAAGAACCCAUCACAAAUUGGUUCUCGCCAAUAUACGCCCCUGGCGGAAUGGAAAUUUCGCGAGUUUAACGAACUUUGGCACCUUUUUCAGCGUCGCAUAAACAUGUCCUMCCCUUUCGCCAGCCGCUAUGUCGAUCAGUUCCCGAAAGACAAGACAGUGCAGAUUUCAAGUUUCGUGGCGUUCGUCGCAGGAGCUCUUGCUUCAGUCCUAGCAUUGGCGUCACUUCUGGAUCCAGAGCUAUUCCUAGGAUUUGAGAUCACUCAAGAUCGUACUGUGCUUUUUUACCUAGGUCUCUUUGGCAGUGUGUGGGCUAUCGCUCGGGGGUUGGUUCCAGAGGAAACCGAUGUCUUCGACCCUGAGUUCGCACUUCUUGAGGUGACUAAUUUCACUCACUAUCGUCCAAACCAUUGGGCGGGACGUCUGCACAGCGACGAGGUUAGACAAGAGUUCGCUAUGCUUUACCAGAUGAAGAUCGUUAUCUUCUUGGAGGAGAUUCUUAGCAUGAUCUUUACUCCCUUUGUGCUGUGGUUCAGUCUUCCAAAGUGCAGCGAUCGCUUAAUUGACUUCUUCCGCGAGUUCACUGUUCAUGUAGAUGGGUUGGGUUAUGUAUGUUCCUUUGCCGUCUUUGAUUUCAAGAAGGAUGCCCAGACCAAUCCGCAAGGUCGCGUACAAACUGGGCCUGCAGGAGACUUGCGAGAUGAUUACUUCUCCACCAAGGAUGGGAAAAUGCUUGCUUCGUACUAUGGCUUUUUAGACAGUUACGGAGCGAACCCCAAAGCUGCUGCUGCCCCCGGCACUCGGCGAAGAUUCCACCCACCCCCACCGUUUCCUGGUCUUGGAUCUACACACCCGACCGAUGCGACUCCGCGGGCGGAGCGUUGGGACCAGAUGGCCCCCCGUCAGUCACCUAUGGUAGGACCACAAAUACAUCACUCUACAUUGCGUGGAUCUCGCAUGGGUGGUGUGCCCGGGUAUAAUUCGCCAUUCCAUUCAAUGCUCCUCGAUCCGCAUCACCAGCCCUCUGCGUCAGCGUUGCGCUCAGCACCUCGGGCGGGUGCUCAAUCUCGAUUCCGGCCAUCUCGCGCCGGUAUCAACGAUGGUAUGGAUGAUGUGAAAGAACUAUCCGAUGUCGAAGCCUCCACCAAGAAUGCUGCAGGUCAACAGUUUGGUCAGAUCGGAGACGAUUCGACGGGAGCUGUUGCCACUAGCGACAACAAUCUAGAAGGAUCGUGGCGCAUCAAUCUAGCAGGAGAGGCAGAUGAUAGUGAUAGUGUAGAAGAAGGCGACGAGGUGGAAGCGAUUGUCAACGGCCCUGGCGGCGUGCUUGGCUUGAUUCAGCAAUUCCAGAAGGCCAACAAUGAAGGCCGAGCGGGUGGAGCUACCGUGAACAUUUAG